AUGGCUGACCGUUCUCCGUUCUCCGUCCCUGCCCGCAUAUCUUCUCUGUUCCCUCCGAGUCGCCAGCACAAGUUGAAAGAGCACCAGCAAAGAUCAGUGAGCAACUCCUCAAUGUUGUCACAAAUUGCUCUAGAGUCAGUUUCCACAGUCGCGUCUGACUUUCUGGAUGCGAAGAUCUCUACUCUGGAGGAUGAAAGAAGCUACAUAGCUUGCGUCAAAGAUGGUCUCUUUGAUAUCAAAACAGCUGGUCUCAUGAGUAGUGAAGACUACCAGGGACAGAUUCAACCUGUGCUCCACAAAAUGCGAACGGCUUCUCACACUCUUACCGUUCUCAAACGGCAACGAAGGUUUAUUGAAGAAGAUCUGGACGAGGAGGUUAAGUACAUGAGAAUGGAUGAGCCAGAGGACGGAGGGCUUGUUGAGAGAGCUUAUGCAAAUACCAUUAUGGCACGGGUGAUGAGUGCGGCUGCAAAGAUUCGUCGCCAGCCAUUUGAUCAGAGAGCGUUCAAGAAAGCAGUCAUUAAGUACUACAGUCUCCCGGCGAAGAGAGAGCCUCCCGAGUCAUGCUGCCAUAUCCUUGGCUUCUCUGUCGUUGCCUCUUCAGUCAAAGCAGCUCACAUUGUACCGAAGUCGUUAAACGACGCGGAGCUUUCCCAUCUGUUUGGAGCUGAGACUAACGCAAGAUCGGAUCCACAAAAUUCAUUAUCACUAUUGAAUUCCGUGGAGUCACUUUUCGACCAGGGAACGAUUGCAGUCAUACCUACUCCAGGUCCGCUCACCUCUCCAACUACAUGGCAAUGCAUCGUGCUUGAUGAGUCAAAGUUCGAGCAGUUCGUUUGGAAAGACAGUGAUGGAAAAUCCAUCAAAGUCAAAGAUCUAGAUGGCCGUAUCCUCAAAUUCCUAAACAACAACCGCCCACGUCGCCGUUACCUUUACUUUCGGUUUGUGAUAUCUUACAUGAACGCGAAACGCUUGGAGCAGCGAGAUAUCACUCACAAAAUCGAGACUAGAAGGUUCUGGCCUUCUAACGGGGAGUAUUUAAACAAAUCAACAUUGAAAUCUCUGUCUCGGUGUGUCUCGGGCCAUGAUCUCCCAGAUCAAUUUAUCACCAACAAGACCUUCGAGGACUCACAAGGCGAGUCUCGCAGUGAGCAAGCGGCGACUAUCAUCGGGGCCGAUUUGUUGGAGUCGCGCUCUACCAAUGUUGAGGCGUUGAUUGAGAGUAUGGCGCAGCUCGAGAGAUCCGAGAUGCCUGAGGAGGAAUGA